GUCAACUUUGAACAUCUUCCUUCGUUACUCAACACCAAAUUUAUAAUCCAACCGCCCAGGACAAAAUAGGUCAAAAUGCGCGCCCAGAUUGCCACCCUCCUGGCGCUCGCCGCCCCGCUCUACGCUAUCGAGAUCACGUCGCCGUCCAAGAACGACGUAGUGGACCCUUCCAAGGGCGUGACCGUCAAGUGGACCACUGUCAGCACCGAUCCGGACCGCGCGCACCUCGUGCUGGUCAACAUGGCAGCUGGCCACACCCCUUUCACCAAGGACCUCGGCGAGGUGGACCUGUCGACUGGCAGCUACACCGUCAAGGAGAAGGACAUUCCCAACGACGGCGGCUACCAGUUCAACUUUGAGAGCGACGAGCCCCAGAACACGGGGAUCCUUGCCCAGUCGGCGCAGUUCGAGGUCAAGUCGUCGUCGUCGGCCCAGGAUGAAGACGAGAAGUCCUCCUCCUCCGCCGCCUCUGCCUCCACCACCGUCCAGAGCGUGACGUCCGCCGACACCAGCACCGGCUCCGAGACCACCGUCACCGGUACCGCCACCACCCUGACCACCUCCACCGGCAGCGCCUCCGAGACCACCGGUGCGUCCAGGACCGCGUCCGCCUCUUCUGUUACCAGCACCGCCGCUGCCGCCCCGACUGGCAUGGCCGCCCACAGCGGCAGCCUGUUCGCCUUGAUGGUCGGCGCCGCUGCUGUCCUUGCUUAAAUAGAGGACAUUGGGCAAAGGAAGCAGUGUAUCAUCGGGCGUCAAAGGCUAGGGAACGAAUUAUGGACGAGAAAUUGGGUCGGUGUUUCAAACUCGAGAUGGGAAAUGACGAUCCAUGUAGGAACGUUUUUUUUUCUUCUUUCCUUCUUUCCUUUCCCCUUGUUGUUAUUCGGCUCGGCACAUGGCGAAAGGGGAACUACAAAGAUAUAGAGGGUUAGAAAUUAAGGGUACAAACACGUGGGAUUUUCCUAG